AUGAACUCAUCACGACUCUUCCCUAAUAUGUCACUUUUCUCGACGCCCCAGGUCCGCUGGUCUGAGCCCGAGCUAUCCAUAGAUAGCUAUCGUGGUAUGAAAAAAGGAAAACUCCAUUGCUGGGAUGCCACAGGUCCCGCUAGAGAUGCAUUUGAACAAGUCAGACAGCAAAUUAUUGACCGUCUUAAUGGCGCGAGAAUUCAGGUUCCCAGCUCAAGCAUGAUUAUGGUCGACGUCUUUAUGAUUGGUAAAGACCAAGCUAGAUCAAGGCCCUACAUUAUGUUCUCGUGCAGGCACCGCGAAUCACGAAAGGCCGCUGUCGCCGCUAUCAAAGAGUCGAAUAUUCUCGAUCAGUGUCCGCCGGGAAUGCUUCUCGGUGACUGGGACUAUCCUCCACACCUUAUAAAUGUGCGGCCGCUUGCCUCUUCGAAGGUGAAGUCAAGCAUCUUCAUCAAUGCUGUCGAGCUUGAUGAUGAGGUUACAAAGUCGUAUAGGUGCAGGGCCUACCCUGUACUCGACCUCAAGUCAGGGAAGAUCAGGGCAUUACGACUGGCCACACAAAAUGAGUCGACAAACCACGGAAGUCCCUGCAUGGCAACUAUUGGAAGUGUUAUCAAACUUCAUGGUAAAAAGUACUAUCUGGUUCCGGUACAUGUUUUUAAUGCAACUACUCCAGAUGUGAUGUCUGAAGAGAAGAGCUUGUCCGAGAAUAGUGAAUGCGAUAUAGACGAAUUCGACAGUGACGACGAAAGCUUUUCAGAUGGCCAAGAUGAGGCCGAUUUCAUGAGCCGACAUAGCGCUAGUGCUGAGUCUAGCGAUAUAGAAGAAGAGUGGGACCUUGACUCUGAGGAAACAAUACUGGGGAUGGACGACGAGAGCAUUUCGACAGAUCUACCCGUUCUUUCCAAGGACACUAUUGGCCAGCUCGAUGGUAGAUCUGUCAAUGUGACAGCCAUAACGGGCUCAGGCAUUAUCCUCAGAGGCAUACUUUCAGGCCGAAAAUCAUGCAUCCGAUUGCCAAACGCCGCAAACUUCGUUGAAGUCCUGUCUGCUCAGUUUGAAGACUCGCUUGAACCUGGUGUAUGUGGCUCGAUAGUUCGAGAUGCAAAUACCGGAAAGAUAUAUGGGCACCUAGUCGCCGGUGACACAGAAUCUCAAUUCGCUUUCAUCGUUCAAGCGGCCGAUGUCUUGGAUGAUGUUAUGACCAGACUGCCUGAUCCUGAGGCAGUUUCGACAUAUGACAAACAAAUACCUGCUCCUUCUUCAGUUUCGCACGAGCCCUUGGUCGAGUCAACGGCUCAGCACAAUGAUGCAUAUUGGUUUGGGCACUCACCUUCCAUCUUUCAGGUCGAAGAAACGUUGGCUUCAGAUACCUCGCUUGAUGGGCGAUCUGUGGGAGAUUCAUCCUCUCUAGACAUCUCACUCGAUGGCCUAAGCCUCACCGAUGAUGGUUGCGACCCUUUACUCGGUGGUACAUGGCAUGUAUCAUCAAGUCAUUGCAUUAGGAAGGGAUCACUGCAAGAGCCGGUAACCGACUCGGUUGAGAGUACCAAGAAAAGAAGAAUCGACUUGGAAGAGGUCAGAAACGACCCAUGUGCCCAACCAGAGGACUUUGGAGAGUCGCGACAGGCGAUCGGGCUUAAUCAUCCCGGUUCUCACUUUGGUUUGAGUAUAGAAGAUGUGAUCCAUGCAUUCGGCUGUUCAGCCUCCAUAUCAGGGGCCUUUUCCCAGAGUUCACCUCGCUGGGAUCUCGAUCCCACUCCACAAAACUACGAAAUGACCCAAAAUCCAAAGUGUGGGAUGAGUCCAAGGAGCUUUAGAGACUUCUCUCCCACGUGCCUGGAAUCCACAAUUCAACCCCCUUGGAACCAUUACGAGAACUCGCUACCCAUACAUGAUAGGAGGAAUCACCACUGGAUUUUGGAGGAGUGGAGAUACAUUUCGGAUGCUUUGAAAAGUUUACAUGAACAGCCUCAGCGGACCUUCGCCAGGCUGCAAGGGGAACACGACUUUCUGACUCGUAACACUGUGGCUCCGCUCGUGUCUCUCACAUCGGCUGAAUGGAUACCACUGACCACAUUUGGCUAUGAUCAUGAAGUCCUCGUCGACAGCGUGUCCCUUGUCACCGCAGAGACAACAUCUGUUCCCACAUACGGUCACGCCCUGCGUCUAAUCGCCAUGAAUAUGGACCCUGUUGCCACUGCCAUUUCUCAGCCAAAGGUCUUAGAUCUCGACUAG